UAGUAUACUAUAGGAGCUUGAUGGUUCUCAACCCACUGUAACGGGUUGACGUUCAACCUGCUACAGCGAGUUGGCUUCUAACCGGUUGUUCAACCCGCUAAAUGCUUUUUUUGGGCGCCAAGCUAGACCUUUGCCUUAACAGUAUGCUAAUGACCCCAAAUGAAGCCCCCUGAUUGGUCCCCAUCAAGACCACAUGCUAAUAAUGGCCGACAUGUAAUGUUCGAGUACGUUUUGUUACCGAUUCGUUAGGAUAUACAAGGCCAUGGUUGAUUUAGUGACUUUUACACAAAUUUCUUAAUGGAUCGUUGUAGAAAUGGUCGUACCGGCCUUCGCUCUUGUCGAAGACUCGACCCGGGUUCAUGAGUACACUCAGAGUUUGACAGACACGAAUGGCGUUUGACUUUUUCGCAGGCUGCCUCGGAGGGUUUGCAGGCGUUGUGGUUGGGCAUCCUUUUGACACAGUGAAGGUUCGCCUUCAAACUCAGACCAACAACGUGUACAAUGGCGUUUUUGAUUGCUUCAAGCAGAUCAUCAAGAGAGAAUCGGUUCUUGGUCUGUAUAAAGGCAUGGCCUCUCCACUUGCUGGACUGGGAUUGAUCAAUGCUAUCAUAUUUGGUGUUCAAGGGGAAACGUUGAGGCGUCUAAAUGGUUCAGGCACUAUGGCCCAAGCCAUAUCUGGAGCUAUAGCGGGGGGUGUUCAAAGCAUAGUCUGCUGCCCAAUGGAACUAGCAAAGACGAGAGUACAAGUUCAGGGCCAAGGUCAAAAGCUUGUUCAUGUAUUCUUUCUGACAAAUACUGAGACGAAGCAGAUGGCAUAUACCGGCUCAUUGGACUGCUUAAAGAAGGUGUUCCACUCAGAGGGGCUAAGGGGGUGUUUUAGAGGAAUGGCCAUAACAACUACUCGAGACAUCCCAGCAUUUGCACUGUACUUUGGGUCAUUCCAGUACGUCUGUGAACUUUUAACUCCUAAGGGCGAACAUGUGGAUAAUCUAAGUCCAAUAAGGCUGUUUUUCUCUGGAGGUAUUGCAGGGACAUUAUCCUGGAUUCUAACCUACCCUGUAGAUAUGGUAAAGUCAUGUUACCAAGCAGAUGGGAGAACAAACAGUGGCAAACCUCAGUACAAGUAUAAUGGUUAUGCAGAUUGCGUCAAGAAAAUCUAUAUUUCAGGAGGGGUGUCUGCGUUUGGACAGGGGCUGUUAGCAACUAUUCUUAGGGGUUUCCCAACAAAUGCUGCAACAUUAACAGUAGUGACUCUCACACUCCGCCUUGCAAGGAAUCCUGAAUCACAUUAUGAAAGUAUGUAAAUAGACUAUUUUGCAGGAAAAGGCAAAUAUACAUAUUUUAGAAUAAGAGUGGAACAACAAGGGUAGUAUUUUGUAUAAAAUAAAUGACAACAUUAAAGAGGUAUCACGCCAAGGAAUAAGGGAGGGAUAGAUGCUUAAUAAUAAUUCUCUUGGUGAGGUAUAAGUUAGAAGUCUUUAAAUUUAGAUUUUGUUUCCUAUUUAAAACAGUUUGUAGAGAGCUGUAUGAUAAACUAUCUACUUUUCUAUCUUAGAUAUUUUAAGCAUCUUCUUUAUUUAUAAACUUUCUAUCAUUUUAACCAAGGUUUAAAAACACCUUUUAAAGGCUCAUGGAGUCUUUCAUGUGCACUUAUACAUCUACAUGAGUAAAUGCCUUAAAGAUGGACAUUUUCAUGAGUAAAUGCCUUAAAUAUGGACAUUUUUGGGCUAUAUUCAUGUUCACACCAGAUUUGCGUUGCUUUGGUGGAUCAAACACCUUAUCAUAUUAUUAUAUUACUGCAAACCAUUUCUUUGGGGGACUUAGGUAAAAUGUAAAUACUCAUUUCAGCACCAAGCUUUGGAUAAGAGCCCUAACUCAAAACAGUAACCCCUCAACAAUCAAGAAAGUGCCUAGGGUGCUAAAAUGAGCAUUAACAGUAUCUAGUCUAUUAUGUUAGAUUAGUUAAGUCAGGAAAUUUCUCUUCUGGUCUUCCCUUCUUCUAGAAGACUAUGUAUGAGUGAUUUUGUUAAUCUUCACACAUAGAACAAGUUCAGAUACUUUAGUUAGUCUUGUUGAAGGGGGAUUAGACCCACCAACCCCAUGGUAAAAGCAUGGAAGUCCUUUCUCUAUUAUUUCUUUAUAAAAAUCAAUUUCUAAAAUAUUUGAUAUAAAUAAUUUGUAAGAUGGUUAUUUGGUGUGGUCUAGGGGGAGAGUGGCAGUUUCUAGGGUGUGGCCUAGGGGAAAGGGGGUUUCCCUAGAGGGGGCUCAUACUCUCCCAAAGGUAACAUGGCAUCCUAUAAUUACAUAACUCUAUACAAAGUCACUAAAUCUUUGCAUUUGACACAAUCAUGUUAAGGAGAUGUUUGAUUUGUUAUGUUAUAUGCCAAGCUUUGGGCAUCUGUAAAAUAGCAAUAUAGUGCUAUUUAUCUCUGAAACACACCCACUAGGCAUAAAUAGAUGUAAGGGUUAAAAAAUUUUUGCUGUCUAUUUUUUUCAAGUAAAAGUGAAUUAAAUUGUUAUGAAGUGUAA